CGCUCGGGCACUUGCAGGGCUUGCCGUGCCUUGGAGCCUUAGUGGGCUAGACGUUGCUGGCUACCUGCAGACGGCCGGCCUCUCAAGUGUGUGGUGCGCGUCCUGGUGCGUGAAUUCCUGACACCGGUCGGAGACAGGCGGCGGAGCGGGACGAACCGAAGCGCCUUAGCGGCUCCUUUGCAGCUGCUGCUGCUGAAGUUUCCUCGCCCCUGCGCCGGCCCAAGGCAAACACUGCCCUCUGCCCUGCUGCCCGGCAAUCUACGACCCGCGCGACGUCCCCCAGCCGUCGUUGUCGUUGCCCCGCCCACUCGAGAUGGAUUCGCCCUCCUCAGGGUCGUCGUCGUCGUCGUCGUCGGAUUCCUCGUCUGCAUCCACAUCCACAACUCCAGAUAGUAGCAAUAGCAGUAGCAGCAGCAGCAGGGAUUCAUCUUCGUCUUCCUCAGCCUCGUCUUCCUCCUCCUCGUCCUCCUCCUCCUCUUCAAUCGUCUCUUCUUCGACGUCUGACAGGAGUUCCUCGAGUUCGCGCUCAUCUUCAUCGACCUCGUCUAUGGAGUCAAGCUCGUCCUCUACAACCCGAGGUGAAAGCACAAGAAGUACUGACUUUAUGUCCUCCACUCCCACCACCGGUGCAACUACUGCUACCACUCGAACUACCGACACCAUGGCUACUCCUACUACUGGAAACGAUACUACCACCAUGCCUACCACCACACCCGGAUCGACCAACACUGACACAACAACAUCCUCCACACGCUCAUCAUCCUCUUCGUCGUCCUCAUCAUCUUCCUCGUCGACUUCGUCAACAUCAACGACAUCUUCUACCCCUACUUCAUCCGCCACACCGACGUCGUCUACAUCUUCGUCCAACCGUGCGGCUGCAUCUUCAUCAUCUGCUGCCGCCGCUGCUGCCUCUUCCUCCUCUGCCGCAUCCCGUGCUUCUGCUUCUUCUGCGGCCGCGGCUGCUUCGUCCUCUUCGGCAGCUUCACAAGCGAGUCUUCGGCAGUAAGUGAUGCUCCUUCAUCAUCUUCAUCAUCGCUCUCAUCACAGUCCGCAUCGUCGGACGCCGCGGCAGCCGCCUCAAGCUCAUCACUGUCAGCGGCAGAAGCCUCUUCAGCAUCGAGUUCGGCAGCGUCUGCUGCAAGCGCGAGUGUGGCAUCCGAGGCCUCCGAGGCCGCCGCGUCUUCUUCAUCGGUUGGUGUUUGGUUUGGGUUGUGUUGGUCGUCAAGAUGUAUGGUUCUUGU